UCUCGGCCAGGUGCAAAGUGAGCCCUCCUCGUCUUCAGCCAUGGCCUGCCACACGUUCAGGAUUUGGAAUUUGCUGCUUGUCCUCCUGCUCGCCGUUGUGGUUUUUGUCGUGUAUCAGUCAGAAUUGUCCUUUGACAUCAGUCCACCUAACUGGACCACUUUCUCAAGGAAAUUGGAUCUGGUCCUGGCGGGCCGUUGGUCCGAGACGAAUGCCACCGGCUGGGCUCAGGAGGUGGAAAGUGAGCAAGGGACCAAUCCCGAGACCCCCAUGCCCAUCCUGCUGCCACAAAACUUCUCAAAGACUCCAGUGUGGGAUUUUGACUACAUUUACAACCAGGAUGCUGCACCCAGACAGUCGACGUGCCAACAAUCCCUCAGGAAUUCCGAGGAUGAGAGCUUCAGGAAGGAAUUCCUACCCAACAUUCGCUUGUUCCUGCACAAAGACGACAUCAACAUGAGCGAGUGGAACAGACUCUCCCACUUUAACAGUCCCUUUGGCUUCAUGGGCUUCACUUACGACGAAGUGAUGUCCUCAGUGAAGAUGAUCCCAAUGCCACAGGAGCCUUUCUUCGAACCAAAGCCCGGCAGCGAUGGCUGCAUUCGUUGCGCUGUGGUGGGAAACGCCGGCAUCCUCAACGGUUCCAAAAUGGGGAAAGAAAUCGAUUCGCACGACUUCAUCUUUCGGAUGAACGGGGCCGUGAUCCAGGGUUACGAGACCGACGUGGGGAACAAAACGAGCGUCUACGUCCACACGGCUUUCACCAUCACCACGUCCUUGUCCACUUUGCGGAAGUACAACAACAUGGCCAUCCCCCACGAUGAGGGUAUCAAAUACGUGAUGAUCCCAGCGGGCUUGAGGGACUACCAGUUCUUGGGAGGACUCCUCAAAGGAGACAUAGUGACAGCCGGCAGCUUCAAAGACAAAAGGCCCAGGAUGUACUACGCGGGGCAGUACAACGAGAGCCGCUUUUACGUCCUGUACCAGGACUUCCUCCGAUACGUGCGGAACAGGUUCUUGCAUUCUACCCGCAUGGAAAAGAAGCAGUGGGCAUGUUACAGACCGACCACCGGUGCUUUGGCCCUCUUCCUGGCUCUUCACACGUGUGACCAGGUGGAUGCUUACGGCUUCAUGACAGAAGACUACGCCAAAUACUCCAACUACUAUUACCACAGGAAUGAGAAAAAACGCGUCCCAAUGUACGCCAAUCAUGACCUUAUAUUGGAAAUGAAACUCUGGAAGCAACUCCACGACAGCAAAGUCAUACGUUUAUAUCAAAGACUUGAACCAGAACCCCUCAUGUAACACGGCGCCAACAUACUUAAAGUACCAGUACGGUGUAAAAACAAGUCGCCUCUAUAAUGAGGCUAUGAACAUGUAUAUCUGAUAUAUGACACCAAAAGACUUCCAAAGUUAUAUAGUAUACCGUAUUUUUCGGACUAUAAGUCGCAGUUUUUUUCAUAGUUUGGCCGGGCUCCAGUGCAACUUAUAUAUGUUUUUUUCCUUCUUUAUUAUCCAUUUUCGGCAGGUGCGACUUAUACUCUGGUGCGACUUAUACUCCGAAAAAUACGGUAGUAUCAAUCUCACAGAGAUUCCCCAGACAUUUUGAGAGAUAAUAAGGAAGCCAGUCAUGUGAUCGCGUGACAGAUCCCUUCCCCAUCAACAACAAUGCUAAUCAAGCAGACUAUGUGAGAGCCAACGACAGUUACUUUUGGAAAAAUUAUGAUCCAGGACCUUAUAUUUUUGAGCCCGAAUACAAAGAGGAUGAACAAUAAUAUAAUAAUAUGUUAGAAGCCGAGUGCUAAACGGAUGCGGCUUUAUUGUGACACUAUAGCUUUAGCGGCAUUGCUCGGUGAUAAACAUACAAACUAACCAUUUUAAACCAUAGUAAAACAAACACUUCCUGUGAUAUUUCCACUCUCGCUGGGAUGCCGACCGACGGGACGCUCACAUAAUCCCGUUUAGAUGAAGUUAAAGUAAAAAUUUAAAGUACCAAUGAUUGUCACACACACACACUACUAGGUGUGGCAAAAUUAUUCGCUGCAUUUGACCCAUCACCCUUGAUCACCCCCUGGGAGUUGAGGGGAGCAGUGGGCAGCAGCGGUGGCCGCGCCCGGGAAUCAUUUUUGGUGACGUAACCCCCUAUUCCAACUCUUGAUGCUGAGUGCCAAGCAAGGGAGGUAACGGGUCCCAUUUUUAUAGCCUUUGGUAUAACUCGGCCGGGGUUUGAACUCACGACCUACCGAUCUCAGGGCGGACACUCUAACCACUGAGCAGUGUGUAAGCGUCUGGAAAACAACUGCUUUUAGUCAUAACUUAAAUGUUGGCGUUGAGCUAGACAGGUAGUCUCUUCUCAAGGAUAGGGCUAUCACUUUUGCAUUCCAAAGUCCCAAUUAGGGCCUCUUUCCUACGAGAAGUGAUCCAAUCCACCUGCGAAUGUCGAACCAAGGGGCCAUUUCUUAUUAUGUGCUCAAACUGAAAUACCACCAUUUACUUAAACUCGGUGGUUUGCUCUCUCCAAGGUGAAUAUGAACAUUCACCAUAUGCAAAACAUAAUAUGGGUUCAUUCAUUCACAACCACUAGGCCACUGAGUGGGUAAUCAAGCAGACUAUGUGAGAGCCAACGACGAUUACGUUUGGAAAAAUUAUGAUCCAGGACCUUAUAUUUUUGAGCCCGAACACGAAGAGGAUGAGCAGUAAGUGUUCGAAGCCGAGUGCUGAACGGAUGCGGCUUUAUUGUGACGCUAUAGCUUUAACAGCAUCGCUAGAUGCUAAACAUACACACUAACCACUUCAAAUAAAACAAACACUUCCUGUGAUAUUUCCACUCUCGCUGGGAUGCCGACCGACCGGACGCCCACAUAAUCCCGUUUAGAUGAAGAAUCAAUCACAAUCUUCGCGAAGGGUUAAACAUAUUUUUCCUGCAGGAAGCAUCUUUUGGGGUGGUUUUCGCCAUCUCAGGGGACGUAAAAGUUGUCCAGCGAGUCGGUCCAUGGCCACAUUUGUCCACUACCAGGUGAGAGAUGCAUGAAUUAUGAUCUAGAAUUUACUUAGUGCAUGUGCCUCACAAUACGAAGGUCCUGAGUAGUCCCGUGUUCAAUCCCGGGCUCGGGAUUUUUCUGUGUGGAGUUUGCAUGUUCUCCCCGUGACUGCAUGGGUUCCGUCCGGGUACUGCUUCUCCCUCCCACCUCCAAAGACAUGCACCUGGGGAUAGAUUGAUUGGUAGCUGUCAGGUUCAAACACUGAUGACAUCUAUUAAACAAGACAAGAGGCAAAGAAUUAAACAGAGACAGAAUUCAAUUUGGACUUAAUUGAGGAGACGCGCCUGGACACACUGUACUCAUGUACAGUCUCCAGCACGCUCUGCCCAAAGAUUGCAUGCCUCCUUCUUUUAUUUUGGACCCUCCCCGACGACAUGGCCACUUUUGUUUCCAAAGGACAAAGGUCGUAAACAAUUCACAGGAAAGGUCAGUUCAAAAAGAGUUCCAUAAAAUACUUCAAAAAGAGUUAGUCUGGAAAUUGGGCAGACCCUGCCAUCUGUCCGCUUUGAAGUCCUUGGGUUAGAACAAUAUCUUUCUGUUGAUUACCAUACAUGAGAGAAAACAGAAAACCCUUCAUGUGGCUCUUCCCCUUACACAGUGGAGUUUUACGAGCCUUCUUCUUGGUAGGUUUCAAAGACAGCUCCCGUCCCCCUGCUAGGAACUCAAUGUAAUACAAAGUUUUUGUGACAAUUUAGAAACAAUUAUUCUAACAGUAACACUAAAUGGUCCCUAGUGUGUGAACGUUGUCUGUCUAUCUGUGUUGACCCUGCGAUGAGGUGGCGACUUGUCUAGGGUGUACCCCGCCUUCCGCCCGAAUGCAGCUGAGAUAGGCUCCAGCACCCCGCGACCCCAAAAGAGACAAGCGGUAGAAAAUGGAUGGAAUUUACUUUUAGCAAGUUUGAGAAGAAGCAGAAGCAGCUGUGGCCUCAGUGUGUCAACCAUAGCAUGGUAAGCCACUAAAAUAGUCCGUCUGCGUCAGCGCUUAUAAUAACAAUAUCACUCAUAUUUGGUUAAUGUUCAGGUCAAGACAUGUAAAUGGAGUGUUGUUGGCCCUUUCUGGAUGUUUUUAGAGAGAGUAUAAUUGGCUAUUUAUUUACGAUUUUGAAUUCACAAAAAAAGCCAAGCAUGUGUCCUUGUCUUACGUAAGGAUCGUGAAUGAUAAGCAGCACAUCUCUUUCCAAUAUUUGCAUAUUUCCAGUAUGACUGAUCUGAUAACAUUGUCAGAGUGCAGAAGCGUUACUACCGUGAUGUCAGUCUCCGAAAAUUUGGAAAUUUGGAGCGGAAUAUUCAAAACGGCCGACUGAAUCCGUGGCAUUUUGUGAUGUUUCAACAGUGUUCUCACACAAUUUGUGAAUUGUAAAUACAAUUGGAUAUGCAGUUUAACAGAUACAAUGAAACACAAAUAAGUGUAUAAAGUCAACUUGUUUUUCCACUCUACUGCUACUUUAAAAAAAAACCUCCUGUGCAACUUUAGGAUUGACUAUACACACCUAUUGUUAGGAUUCAUGAAUUGAUUAACGUGGACCCCGACUUAAACAAGUUGAAAAACUUAUGUUACCAUUUAGUGGUCAAUUGUACGGAAUAUGUACUGAACUGUGCAAUCUACUAAUACAAGUCUCAAUCAAUCCAAAAGGGAUCUGCUCAAAAAUGUGUCAUAAAU